CCUGCGCGUAGUCUGCAAUGUUUAUAUACAGUAGCAUUAAAGUCAAAAAUGGCUGAUAAAUUAAAUACUGUUUCUGAACGUUGCCGAAUACUUUGGCUUCUCCUUUUCGGUGAUUUUCCGUCGCUAUGAAGUUCACAUAUUCAUGAAUCUAGAUUUUAUUUGUUUCCCACCCUUUAAUAUGCGGCUUAAAAGGAGGCUUGUUAGCCUAGCCUUCAUAAUUGUCAAUAUUAUCAUUAUACUUUUUCUUUUAAAGUCUUUGGUCCAACAGUUAAAAACAGAUACACCUAAAACUGAUCAACCUAUUCUGAUGAAAAACUACUCAAACUUUGAAUCUCUCAUCACUGUGAUCAUACGUGACUUUGAACACUUUGAACAUGAUGUUGUUGAAACAGUGAAUUCCUUUUUAAAGACUGCACCAUCAUUGAGAAUUCUCAUAGUCAGCAACUCGCUUCCAUACCCACCCCUGCAGUGGAAGUCUGUAAAUUAUACUUCAGUAAAAGUGAUUAAUUUAAAGCUUGAAGUUGGAGGAGUGAAAGAGGAUCGUGAUGUAUUGUACCAUAUUCAGACUAAAUAUGCUUUAUUUGUACCUGAUUCUGUUCGUCCUACUGCAAGAGAAUCAUUCAUCACUUUACUGAAAAGUUUAGACGAACCGAAUGUCAACAUUCUUGCUGCUCCUGUUUCUGAGAUUUCACUGUCAUCUUGCCAAAGUAUGGACCUCCAUUUAGUUAAGUGGACAUUAACAUAUAGUACAUCGCCAAGUGAAUUGUUUUGUGAUGGUGUGACUGGGAAGCAUGUUCUACUUAUUGGAAAGGAUGUACUAUCAAAGCUACCUGACCCAUUAAUGUUGCCAUUUCCGGAUUCUCUUUACAUACAAGCCAAAGCCAAAAACAUAAAAACUAGAUACCUUCGCACUGUUGUCUGGGCCUCUGGACAUCCUAUUCUACAAUCGCAACACCAUCUGUGGAAGGCUCAUCGUCUUCGUCAUGAGCGGCAACAACGCAUGUAUGAGAGAUUGGCUAUCAAGCGGGUUAUCAGAGAUGGAAAGGAUGAAUGGUAUGGUUGCACCAGAGAUUCGGCGCGCUGUUUCGGAACUGUUGUGGGGGAUACCCCAUCUUACCUGCUUGAGGGAAAAUGGACACCACCUUGUUGCCUUAAUGCCCUCAGAACCACAGCUAGACAUGUUUUCAAAGAACUUCAAGCUGCAGGUGUUAGAUAUUGGCUUGAAGGGGGAUCUUUGCUUGGUGCCAUGCGAUCCUUUGAUAUCCUGCCAUGGGAUUAUGAUGUUGACUUAGGCUUCAUGAGGGAGGACUUACCCAAACUGACGUGGUUGUUAAGAGCAAGCAAACAGCCUGUGGUAGACACACAAGGUUUUGUGUGGGAGAAAGCACCUGAAGGAGAUUUUUAUCGAGUGCAGUUUAGUCGAUCAAACAGAUUGCAUGUUGAUCUAUUCCCAUUUUACAACAAAAAUGGAACAAUGACCAAGGAUACCUGGUUUCCCACACACAAGCAAGACAGAGAAUUUCCAGCACAUUAUUUGAACCCCUUGGCCACAAUCCCUUUUGUUGGUCAAAAUGUAUCUGCUCCUAAUAAUAUACGUGAGUUUCUAGAAUUGAAAUUUGGAAGUGGUGUCAUUGAAAAUCCUGCUUACCCAAACCCAACUCUUUUAAAAUUUCCUGUUGAAAUGGUACCCACAACUAAACCUGCACCAGAUUGGGAGUACUGAAUUUUCAAUGAAACAUGUGUUUUUUUUUUUAAGGUACACUCUCUGAUUUACUAAUUGUUAGUCAUAGCACUGGUCAUAGUGUUUAGAUUUCUGUAGGAAAUCUUUCUUUUUAACUACCCUAGUUCUAGUAAUUCAUAAACAACCUAACUAGGAUCUCUGACUGUUUCAUUGUUUGUAGUGUUACAUGACAUGUGUUCUGGAAAUAAAUAACAUAAACAUUUUCUCACAGUAUUAAAUAGGUGUAUUCUACUGUGGUAGGUUUUAAGUACACCAUAAGGAAUUAGUAUAUCUGUGCCAUAGAUACUGUUCUCGCCUGUGAUAGUUUAUGCUGCUGACACAAAUUUCGUCAUGUCCUUUCUAAUCUUCUCUUUUUUAAAUAUAGCAAAACAAAUUUUCCUAUGAGAUUGUUGAUAAUAAGAAUGUAUGUAAGAAAGAAAAGAAAAUGUGUAAAUAAAACUAAAGAAAUUUGUU